AUGGAAUAUCCCUCAAAAGCUAUUCCAUUGAAUAUAUAUUUAAAACAAUAAAUUACCAAUAAAUUAAGUGAAUAAGAAUCAAGAAAUAUAUUUAUAUAAUUAAUCUAAGCAAUAAAAUAUUGCCAUAACAAAUAAAUAAUUCAUAGAGACAUAAAAUUAGAAAAUAUUCUUUAUGACCCUAAUGCUUAGAAAGUUAAAUUAAUAGAUUUUGGAUUUUCUAUUGCCAUAGUUCCAGGUACUAUGUUGAAUAUUUUUUGUGGAACCCCAAGUUAUAUGGCCCCAGAGAUUGUAAACAAGUAAGAUUAUUCUUUUAGUGUCGAUAUUUGGGCUUUGGGUAUUCUUUUAUUUAAAAUCUUGAACGGAAAAUUUCCUUUCAAAGGAAAAAAUGAUUAAGAUUUAUAUAAAAAGAUUAAUGAAUGUAAAUUAGAUUUUGAAUCUGAUGUUAGUUUAAAAUCUAGACUAUUAAUAUAAAGUAUUUUAAAAUAAAACCCUGAUGAUAGAAUUAAUAUAAAUUAGAUUUUAGAAAAUGAUUGGAUAAAUAACAUUGAAAAAAGUUGA